AGAAAGUGGGGGCAUUCACCGACACAACGGAGAGCACUUUUUUUUUGUUUUUUUUUUUUUUAUUGAUAUGGAGAGGGGUUGAUUGAGGGGACCUUGUGUGACUCCGAGCAUCUCCCUCCGUCCCCUCCGCUGAGUUGAACGUGUCAGAGCGGCGCUGAUCGCCGUCACCUCUCGGAUAUUAUUUAUAACCGACAAGAACAUUGGAGGGGACUCACACACGGGCAAGACAAUCCCGGAAAUAACAUGCGUACUCUCAGCCUGUCACGUACGCUCACUGUGGAUUUGCAUCGCUGUAGGCUGCCGUAGAUCUCUGACACGGCCCCAAAAUGUUCAGAAGAAGGAUACAAAGAAAUACACAGAGUGUUAAAUGAGAGUAAAUGGUGAAAAAGACAGAAAUCAAACAGGAGAAGACUUGGACAUGAAACUUCUUGCGGCAGUGGCAAAGAUCCUCUCCAUCAGAGAAAGCAGUGGCUCAGCUAGAAAAUGAAGCGAGGACGUGAGCUACGUGCGCAUCCAGCAGAUGACGAGAUGAAAUGGAGAGCUUGGGACACACGGACCUUUUAAACCCAAGCUCUUCCCACGGAUCCGUCGCUGUUUCACCGUCGCAAGAGAGAGGUUCAAACGGGCAGCAGCUCGUCUGUGGAGCGGCAGAGAUUCACCGAGCCGACAUGGGGCUUAACGGCAUCUGCGCUGCGCCCGUCGGGAGUCCAACCGCGGCGGAGUUACUCGCGGGUUUGGCCUCUCAGACCGACUUCCCCGCAAUCCAAACCCCGACGAAGCAAUCCAAAACCGGCGUGCCGCUCUACAACGGCGGGGUGGUGUCUCCUUCUGCCACCGUGGAGGGAAGCCACGCUGGCGUUUUGGCACACACACCAAAUGGUUACCCGGCACAAAUUAAAGGGGUGGCUGGGACAACAGAGAGCCACAUGUACCCCAUCACCAGCAGAGCCUGUGUGGUGGAGAAUGGGGACCGGACAGCUCAUGAAAAGUGCCCUUUAGCGAUGAGGAGGAUCAAUGGUGACCUGACAGCCAGACAGGUGCAACAACUGAAACGGAGAGGAGGGGAGAAACGGGACAUGGGGUCAGGAACUGUUAAUGGUCUCAUGAUAGGGUCACCAGGUUUAGGGACUUCUAAGGACGCGUUGUUUGCUUCUGGAGAGUUGGACUCGAAGCGGAGAAAGUUGGUCGAUGUAAGUGUUGCUCACAAAUCUUCAGAGCCCUCCAAAGUGGCCCAGGUAGUCUCCCCACUCUCAGUCACACUCAAUAGUACCCAAAUGACCAUCAGUCACGUGCACAGUGUCACUCCCCAAUCUCCCUUCACACCUCCUGCCCCUCAUCCUAACCAGCACAACGGACAUAAAGGGGCCCCACCAACUGCCCCCAGCCAGAGCUCCCCCGUGGAGGUUAACGGCAUCCUGACCCCACUGCCUGCUGCAGGGCCCGACUGGUCAGCAGAGCGCAUAGCACAGCAGUACAUCAUCCCCUGUAUGAAAUACUACGGCAUCUGUGUGAAGGACAACUUCCUCGGCCCUCAGCUUGGCAACAGGGUCCUGGAGGAGGUAGAGGUCCUAAACCAGAGUGGGAAAUUUCGGGACGGGCAGCUAGUGAGCCAAAAGAACAUUCCUUCACGGAGCAUCCGGGGUGACCAGAUCGCCUGGGUGGAGGGACGAGAGCCCGAGUGUACGAGCAUCGGGGCACUGAUGGCUCACAUUGAUGAGGCCGUCAUGUACAGCGCUGCCAAUGGACAGCUGGGGGACUGUGUCAUCAAUGGACGCACUAAGGGCAUGGUUGCCUGUUACCCAGGUAACGGGGCAGGGUAUGUCCGCCAUGUUGACAACCCUAACGGUGACGGACGCUGCAUCACAUGCAUCUACUAUCUAAAUAAGAACUGGGAUGCCAAGAAACAAGGUGGGGUACUGCAGAUCUACCCUGAGGGCAAAAAUGUGGUCGCCAACAUCGAACCGAUGUUUGACCGGCUGCUCAUCUUCUGGUCUGACCGCAGGAACCCGCAUGAAGUCAAGCCAGCCUACUCCACUCGCUAUGCCAUCACAGUCUGGUACUUUGAUGCCAAAGAGAGAGCUGAAGCUAAAGAGAAGUACAAAUUGGCAACAGGACAGAAAGGUGUUCAAGUGCCUGUCACUCAAAACAGCAGGACAUAAAUCUCAUAUAAUCACUGGAGAGCACUCUGAAAGUAUUAUGUGCCUUCCUGAAUUGUUGAUGGACGUCACGAUCAUAAACGGAGACACCGUUAAACUGUCACCUCUGCAGCUCUAUUCCACGUUCGCGGUGUCAGCUGUCAGAUUCACACCACAGGCUGUGAUGUAAUGUUUUCCUGCCAUGUGAUUGGGCUGCAGAUCAAAGACGUGGCAGUUAUAGAGCACAAAGGACCGGAUUGUGUGGCAGAGACGAGAUCAGAACUGAGAGUCGUGGCGAAAGAAGAAAAUGACUUCGACCUCUCAAUAAAUCAUGUAUGAAGACAACAAACUGAAAAAAAAACAAAAAACAGGACUCCUUCAUUCGAUUUUGUUGCAGUUUUGCGUGUUCAGUUAUCAGUGAUGUUGUGGUGACUUGAGAAAUCAUUGUUUUACUCUGCUCUGGUGUCAUUUUCAAACAUGCUGAAUCAGUGGACAGACAGUGGGGGGAAAAUGGACGCAAUUAGUAAAUCAGUGGCGUAAUCCCUGAAUUUCCCCUUGUCUGUGAUUUGGUCCCCUUGUCUCAUGAUGUGGGCAAAUGUGUGUGUGUGUGGUCAGUGUAAAGACAGACAGAAAACAAAUCAAGUUGUUAUCAACUAUGAUGCAGUGGAAAGUUGCAGUGUGGGAUUUAUUCAGGCUCAAGCACUAAACAUUACAGGGACUUACUUAAAACCUUAGCACUGUAGUUUUACUCUAUAUAGCACACUAAUUAGAGUAGGAUAUCUGUCUAAGUCUAAAAAAAAACCUCUGCAACAGCCUCAAAAUGUUAGUGCGACAAAAUCACAAAAUAAUCCAGCAUAAACUUUUUCUUUGAUUUUCUUUUUUCAGUAAUUGCAAUAUAUGAAACUGACUGCACCGAGAAUACACAAAGCUUUUCGUCAUGACGGAUGCACAGUGCUCUCUGUAUGACUGAAAUACAAAGCUCACAUUUGAGACAAGAGGCAAGGCGUCGAGUAAUAAGGGGUCAAAACAGGGUUUAAUGAAUCAGAGUGUGUGUUUUGUGUGUGUGUGCGUGUGUGUGUGUGUGUUCAUUAGACCCUCUUACCUGUUCUUAACAUGAUGGAAAGAGUAUGUAUGAUCAGAGUGGAUGCUGUCAGACAAACCUCCUGCCCAAACAGCCACACAUAUCUGUACACUUAAGACCAUUUAAAGCACAGAGUUAAGCAUACACUGUAUGUGAACUGCAGGGUCAAACUACUGUCUGCUCAUGUGUGGGAUUAUUUGUGUGUGUAAAUGUGUACUUGCACGUGUAUGUGACAGUUUCCACUGUCUUGAAGAGGCACGCAGGUAUUGUCUCAGUGUAUUUUUGAUUGGCUAAAGAGAAGGCUGUUUUAAAAAGCACUUUAUUGUUUGAAAUGCCAUGUGUGAAUGAUUAUAAAAAAAAUAUAACUAAAAAUGUAGAUUAAUGCCUUUAUGCUGUGGAUAAUAUGGUCAUUCAAAUGCAAUAGAAACUAAAACAAUGAGAACAAAUGGAAAUUGUUUGCCUUUUUUUAUUUUGGAGUAUUUAAUUAAAACUUGUCUGUUUUUGUA